AUGUGCCCCUUGCAGGGUAAUCCCGCUAGUUUCUGCCGAACUGCCACGUUCGAGUCGACAAUUCUUCCCAUUGUUGCAGAUUCGUUAAAGAGAACUUUGGGCCCUGGGUUCAUGGCCUCAGCGGACGUGGCGGAGGCGCAUUGGGAGAUUCAGAUUCGAACUUUCGAAGCCCUGGCCUUUGGGUUUACGCAGUCAGUUAAGCCAGAACCUAAAAUAAUAUCCGGCCCAAGACGGGCGCUGUGGGGCGAAACUCAGGCAUACCAUCGUAGUCCGCAGUCGCCUGCUGCGUCGACACUUGGCUGCAAUGGCUGA